CUUUAAAUGCUGAUAUCAUAUAAUGACUUUUUUCUUAACGCAGCAUAAGUUAUGAAUGCCCUUCUAGAUUAUGAAAGCGAUAGCAGUGGUGACGGUAAGGAAAAAUUGGACCAGGAUGAAGGGAAACAGAUUAAACCUGCUAGUGAAAACAAUUUCUUCAACCUGAACAAAAUGGUUGAAUCUGAUGAUGAUGAACCAAAAACUAAACAUUUCAAAAAACAAUUGACGACGUCAUUUGGUGUAACUGUCGAAGUACCUUCCGAACAAUUCUGGGAAUCUGUUUCUUGUGAUGACAUCAAAUUUGUCAAGAAAGAAAGGACAGAACCACGGUCGGUUCAUAAUUAUGAUGAAAGAGCCCGUAAUGUUCGUGUUAAUAAACGUGCUUUCGAACCUUACAGAAGCGAGAACUACAGUGAAAGGGCAAUCUCUGAUAGCAAGUUACAUGUGGGAAAUGCUUCGCCGCGGCACAAAUAUUCCCCUGUUGUCUCAACUGUUAGUAGAGUUAAUUACGAACAAAAAGGUAUUCCAGAAUAUGAACAAAUUGAAGAUAAAAGUUCCAAAUGUCAAAUAAACAAUAGGAGAUUGUUUUACCCGCAUUCAAAAAUAAAUGUUCAUCUGCAUAGAAAACCUCUCUCCAGAAUACCAAGAAACAGUGAGAUAAAUAUUAAAGGUCACUCAGGGCCAGUGAACAGAAUGAAAUGGAACGUGGCAAUGUACAGUCAUUUAUUGUUGUCUGUUGCUAUGGAUGGCAGGAUGAAGGUGUGGAACAUCUGGUCCACUCUUGAUCCUUGUGUUCAAUCACUGAAUGUUCACACAAAGGCAGUGAAAGAUGCGUGUUGGAGUCACUCUGGCAAAGAAACUGUUUCCUGUGGAUAUGAUAAAGUGGCAAUCCUAUGUGAUGUUGAUCAAGGUAAACAAUUGACAAAAUUUCAGCAUGAAAGCUAUGUAAAUUGUGUAAAGUGUCACCCAGAUAAUUCCAACCUAUUUGUGUCGGGAUCCUACAACAUACUUCAGGCUUGGGACAGAAGAACACCUGACAGACCUAUCCGUGAGUUUGUCUACAAGGACAACACUGGACAGGUACAAGAUGUGAUAUUUUCAGUUGAUGGAAAAAGCCUGUUCUGUUGCUGUGAUAUACUGAGUCGUGACUCUGCUGAUAGGAAUAUCAUGGCUUGGGAUUUCAGUAGUGGAGUAGUUCUCUCUAACCAGAUAUACCAGGAACGAUACAGCUGUACCAGGCUCCAGCUACAUCCAACACAAAGUCACUUCCUGGCUCAAACCAAUGGAGAUUAUAUAGCCAUCUUUUCCACAAACAAACCCUUCAAACUCAACAAAGCUAAGCGAUUUCAGGGUCAUAAGGGUAAUGGCUAUGUGGUAGGAUUUGAUUUGUCAGUAGAUGGGUCACAUGUGGUCAGUGGCAGUGCUGAUGGCAACGUUUACUUUUACAAUUACAACACUGGGCAUGUUCUUCAAACACUGACCACUGGUCUGGAUGUAUGUACUGAUGUGGCUGUACAUCCUGUAUUGCCCAGUACUGUGGCUUGUUGUGGCUGGAAUGGACACAUACAGGUAUGGAGUUGACCCUUACUGUCCAGUAUUCUGUCAGCGCUAUACAGGAAUAGAAAUGAGUCUUACCACACAGUACUCAAACAGAGAGUUGAUAUAUGUAGUAAGAGGAUUGAAAUUAACAUAUACUGUCCAGUACUUGAACACCAUGUUGGUGCAACUUUCAGCUAUGGAUAUGUUUGAGAUGGCUGGAAUGGACACCUACAGUAUGGAGACGACCCUUACUGUCCAUUACUUCAACUCAGUGUUGCUAAAACCUUCACUUAACGUGUGGUGUUUAGGUAGUAUCCUUCAUAAACGAUGAUAUUGUAUCCAAUUACAUUUACAAGUAUCUUGGAAAAGUAAACUCACUAAAGAGGCAAACCAGUUGAAUUGAAAACAAGAAAUAAUAAGUUAGGUGUUGUUUCUAUAAUGUAAUGUCAACAGCUCCUGAGGAGACAACUUGUUGCUGUUACCUAUUUCAAGUAUUUUAUUUGAAUUCUCAUAUCAGUAGCACAGCCGCUGAUUACCGGCUUGAUAUUCUGUAACAUGUCGUUCUGAACAUCACCUCAGAUGAGAAUUUGAUACAGAAGCCCAGUUGACUGACACAGAUAUACCUGGUAUGUAAUAUUAGUUGGUGUACACUGUAACACAGAUGCAAUGUUCACAAAAAUAAAACUCCAAUU